AUGGGCGUUGAGAGCAAUAAGGAGAAUGAGGUAGGCCGUGGUGCCGCUGUCUGUGACAGUGUUGUACACUUUCCUGUCGGAGACUCCGUUUCGUCUACGCUCUGAGUUAUCUUAACUUAUUCAAUCGUUGGAUCGGUUCUACGAAAGCCUGCUGCCAGUUUUCAUCCCCCCUCCCACUUUUGUUAAUCAUUUAUAUUUUCUUUAGGUCCAGAACACUGACCAUUCAGUCCCACUAAAGAACCCGAUUACCGAUGAGCCGCUCCUGGUUCCAAACCCCAGGCGGUUCGUGAUCAUGCCCAUACAAUAUCAUGACAUCUGGCAGUUCUACAAGAAAGCAGUGGCUUCUUUUUGGACCGUCGAAGAAGUUGACUUGGCGAAGGACUUGGGUGAUUGGGAAUCUUUAAAGGAUGGCGAGAAGCACUUCAUCUCAUACGUUCUUGCAUUUUUUGCCGCAAGCGACGGGAUAGUCAACGAGAACCUUGUGGAACGUUUCAGUCAAGAAGUACAAGUCCCGGAAGCUCGUUGCUUCUAUGGAUUCCAAAUUGCAAUCGAAAAUAUUCACUCGGAGAUGUAUUCUCUCCUCAUCGACACGUACAUCAAGGAUCCUAUCGAACGGUACUUCCUCUAACUCUUAUUUUAUUUUUAGCGACUUUCUCUUUAACGCAGUACAAACCCUUCCAUGUGUGAAAAAGAAGGCUGACUGGGCACUCAAGUGGAUUGGUGACUCAAAAUCCACGUUUCCAGAGCGCCUGGUAGCCUUUGCAGCCGUAGAGGGGGUUUUCUUUUCUGGGUCGUUUGCGUCCAUCUUCUGGCUGAAGAAGCGUGGGCUUAUGCCAGGGUUGACAUUCAGCAAUGAACUAAUAAGCCGUGAUGAGGGACUUCACACUGACUUUGCUUGUCUUCUGUUCCGACACAUCAGAAACAAACCCUCUAAGGAGCGCGUAGAAGCGAUUAUGCGGGAAGCUGUUGAUAUCGAAGUGGAAUUUCUGACUGACGCUCUUCCUGUGGACUUGAUCGGCAUGAACUGCCGUCUGAUGGCCCAGUACAUCCGUUAUGUUGCCGAUCGUCUCCUAACUGAGUUGGGCUUUGAAAAGGUGAGCUUCGGUCAACGCCGACUGUGCCUUUCUCAUUGGACUGCCUAUUAACCUGACUUGUUUUUCUCUCCAGAUUUAUCGUGCAGCGAAUCCAUUCGACUUCAUGGAAAACAUAUCUCUAGAAGGGAAGACGAACUUCUUUGAGAAACGUGUUGGCGAAUACCAGCGGGCCGCAGUUAUGUCACGCGCCCGGGGCGAAGACACUCAUACUUUUACCACAGAUGAAGAUUUCUAA